ACGUUUUUGAAACAUAAAUCAUGUUUUUUUUGUUGUUGUUUUUUUAGUUUUAGUUUUUAAAACAUCUUUCAAAGGUGUAACUUUUGAAUAGGCAAUCAUUUGUAAUUAUUUAUACUGCAUAUGCUUUUCAUAGAAAGUCUUACUAAUGUCUUUCAGUGCGUUCUGUAUUUUAACAGACACUCUUUCCUAUCGUUUUAUCGACGACUCAGAGGGGGUUGCUUCCGGAUUUCUAGCAAAUGACAACAUUACAUUCAGCGUCUCUGAGCAGCACAAACGUAAAGGUCAAAAUGACGCUUUGACGUUUUCAGUGAAAGGCGCUGUUGCGCUCUGGGUGGUGCUGAAAUCUGGUGCUGCUUCACGCGUGAUUGGCAAACCUGACAGUGAUUGACGUGUGUCCAUGGCAACCAGGCAGCCAAUCUGACAAGUCCAAUAGAAUAUCGGCAGCAAGGGGCUAAAUGUUCUUUUAUUUUGCUCCUCAGAAAACACCUUGUUUCCAGUUUUUUAUGCUCACACUCAAUCAAAGAAACGAUUUUGCCGUUCAGGCUGCUUGUGCCUGCCGCACGGCAUCGCUCCUCAGCUCGUUUUGUGACACGGCUGUUAACUUUUGCCGUUUUCUGACAGACUCGCUGAACAAAAAGACGGGCGAGACAUUCGAGGAGCAACACCAGACAGGAGGACCAAAAGAAGAGACAGAUUGCAGUCUCCAUGUUCCAGCUGCCCAUCUUGAAUUUCAGCCCCCAGCAGGUCGCGGGGGUCUGCGAGACGCUCGAGGAGAGCGGCGACGUGGAGAGGCUCGGCCGCUUCCUCUGGUCACUCCCGGUGGCGCUGUCCGCCUGCGAAGUCCUCGGGAAGAACGAGUCUGUCCUGCGUGCGCGGGCGGUCGUGGCCUUUCACGCGGGAAACUUCCGCGAGCUCUACCAAGUACUAGAGAACCACAAAUUCACAACGGACUCACACGCGAAGCUGCAGGCGCUCUGGCUCGAGGCGCACUACCAGGAGGCUGAGAAACUUCGUGGGCGUCCCUUAGGACCCGUGGACAAGUACCGCGUCCGAAAGAAGUUUCCACUGCCUCGGACGAUAUGGGACGGCGAACAGAAAACGCACUGCUUCAAGGAGAGGACGCGGCAUCUCUUGAGAGAGUGGUACCUGCAGGACCCUUACCCGAACCCGAGCAAAAAAAGAGAGCUGGCGCAGGCGACUGGACUCACACCCACACAAGUGGGCAACUGGUUUAAAAACCGGAGGCAGAGAGACCGAGCGGCAGCGGCCAAGAACAGGCUACAGCAGCAGGUUCUGUCCGGUGGCUCGGUCCGAUCGCUGGGGGAUGAUGACACCACAGUGGACCGCCUGGGUCCCGCCUCAAGCCCAGAAGUCAGUCUCUCGAGCAAGGCCGCCACCUCCGCCAUCUCCAUCACCUCCAGCGACAGUGAAUGUGACAUCUAACGUGACAGGCUUCAAAAGAGCAAACAGGAGAACUGUAAGAGACAAUCUAACAACAACAAAACUUUAGUGCCUGCAACCGGCCCAGAGAGAGGCUAAAAUGAAGGAUGGAAAAAAGCGUCACAAUUUAAUUUUCCAUUCGUUGAUGUGAUCAACAAAAUGCGCAGUGCUUCUCAUGAAGACAGGUGGGAGUUUUCGAAAAAAUCUUCUGAGGGCCGAACCUAUUGUUGUAUGUUUGCGUGCUUUAUCAUCAAAAGACUGAAUAAUGUUUUAAUGUUCACUUGUCUUUUUUAAUAUAUAAACGAUGUUUAUU